CUGGGCUCCCCCGGCCUUUCCUUGUUCAUCUCGUCCUAUUGAUCAUCUGUCCCAUAACUGUUAGUUUAUCACAGUCUCCAGGAUGGUCACUAUCAUGCAUGACAAAACUCAUUUACCCACGGUUGCCGAGAUCGAAGCGCCAGCCGAUGUCCUGAGUGUCCGAACAAACACUAUCAAAGUUGUUCGAGCAGAGAAUAUGAAAUUUGUUGCGGCUAACAGUGGGGUUCCAGUGCCAAAGGUUCAUGAUCACUUUGUCGAUCACGAAACCGGGAAGAGAUACAUCAUCAUGGAUUAUGUUCCUGGUACUGAUCUCGAGAAGCUUUUGCUGUCGCUCACAUUGGUGGAGAAGAAGACGGUCAGAUACUUUGGAAACUUGACACACAAGCCUUAUGCCGACGGUGUUCUAUCCAGUCCACAUAACAAUCCAAUGAUUUCCGGGCCGUUCCAGAACCAGGAAGAAAUGAACCAAGCAAUAUUGCGGAAAAUAGGUCAGAGCCAGUCACCACAUUACAUUCGACUCUUGCAAGGCAUGGUCGAUCGCACGCUCAAAGGUCAUAGGAUUGUGUUCACACACAGGGACCUUCAACCUAAGAACAUAAUGGUCGAACGGUGUGGAUUGCGGGAGGAUGGAAGCAACGACUUCGAAUAUCCUGAGUUUUGGGAUUCUUGCAACUCGAUCCUCUACUGCCAACUGAAGCCUAAUUGGCUCGAGCUCGUCCCGGACAUUCUGGACCAAUACCCAUUGGAAUAUCUUAUGAUGCGAGUCGUCUAUGCGUCAGUCUUUUACUAGUAUCAUUGCUCAAUCUUUAAUCGCCGAGAGAUGGAGCCCUUUCGUAAGACUCCCUUCCG